UCAUGUAUCAUUCAUUUGCAUGAGCAUUUUUACAGCUUAAAGUCCUAGGAGAAGUAGUGAACUUUUCUCAAAGAAAGUGAGUAAAAGAGAUUUAAGGAGAUGGUAAAUUUGAUGGAGAGGGGGGUGUUACUAGUGCUUGUGGCUUGCAUAUUGCCAGCCAUAUUGGUUGAGUGUCGAGUUCGUCACUACAAGUUCAAUGUGGUGAUGAAAAAUCAUACAAGACAAUGUUCAACAAAAUCAAUUGUGACUGUUAAUGGUAAAUUUCCGGGCCCCACUAUUGUGGCUAGAGAGGAUGAUACAGUGCUUGUGAAGGUGGUCAAUCAUGUUAAGUACAAUCUUACCAUUCAUUGGCAUGGAAUCAGACAAAUAAGAACAGGGUGGUCAGAUGGACCUGCAUACAUAGCACAAUGCCCAAUACAACCAGGACAAACUUACACUUACAAUUUCACUGUGACGGGCCAAAGAGGAACUCUAUUUUAUCAUGCCCAUAUACUUUGGCUUAGAGCCACUGUCCAUGGUGCCAUUGUUAUAUUGCCCAAACUUGGUGUUCCAUAUCCUUUUCCUAAGCCCGACAAGGAAAACAUCAUUGUCUUAGGUGAAUGGUGGAAAUCAGACGUCGAAGCUGUGAUAAACGAAGCUCUAAAGUCUGGCUUGGCACCAAAUGUUUCUGAUGCUCAUACGAUCAAUGGAUAUACAAGGCCCGUUAAGAAUUGUAAUUCAAAAGAAAUGUUCAACAUACAUGUGAAACCGGGGAAGAGAUACAUGCUACGCAUCAUCAAUGCUGCACUUAAUGAAGAGCUUUUCUUCAAGAUUGCUGACCACAAACUCACUGUAGUAGAAGUUGAUGCUACCUAUGUUAAACCCUUUAAAACAGACACAAUUGUGAUAUCACCAGGCCAAACUACCAAUGUGAUCCUAGAAGCUAAUAAUAAGGCAAUGGGCAAGUACUUAGUAGUAGUUUCACCUUUUAUGGAUGCACCUGUCCCGGUGGAUAAUGCAACGGGCUUUGCCACACUUCGUUACCCCGCCUUUCGACACAAAACUCUAUCCGCCACCCUCACCGCACCACCACCAAUCAAUGCCACCGCGGUAGCUGAUAACUUCACCAAUGCACUUAGAUCACUUAACACAAAAGAGUUCCCAGCUAAAGUCCCACAAAAAGUUGAUCAUUCCUUAUUUUUUACUGUUGGGUUAGGGGUAAAUCCUUGCAAAACAUGUGUUAAUGGGUCUAGAAUUGUGGCGGAUAUUAACAAUAUUACAUUUGUUAUGCCAGAUAUUUCUAUUCUUCAAGCACAUUACUAUAACAUAAGUGGAGUAUUUACUGAUGAUUUCCCUGCAAAACCACCUACACCAUUUAAUUUCACAGGCAAUAAUCAAGUUACAAAUGUUGGUACUACAAAAGGGACUAAAGUGUAUAGACUUCCUUAUAAUGCAACAGUUCAAUUAGUGUUGCAAGAUACUGCAAUAAUAGCACCAGAGAAUCACCCAUUUCAUCUUCAUGGAUUUAAUUUCUUUGUAGUUGGGAAAGGUGUAGGAAAUUUUAACCCGAAAAAUGAUCCGAAAAAGUUCAAUCUCGUCGAUCCUGUUGAACGGAAUACGAUCGGAGUACCAUCUGGUGGAUGGGCUGCUAUCAGAUUUAGAGCUGAUAAUCCAGGUGUUUGGUUCUUUCAUUGCCAUUUGGAGAUUCAUACAACAUGGGGGUUGAAAAUGGCAUUCUUAGUAGAUGAUGGCAAAGGACCAAGUGAAUCUUUAUUACCACCUCCAAAUGAUUUUCCUAAGUGUUAAUAAGUUAAUAAGCUUUAACAAAUUUUCUAUAGUUUUGUAUUCUUUAAAUUCUUAAGGGAACUCGGAUGCACACAAGAAAUGAGCUGAGAUUUGCAUCAAUAUUCAAACACGUCUUAUUUAAAGAGGAGGGAAGAAAUUGAAAGUAGAUGUUAUUUUUCUUGAGAUGUAAUCUAGUUGCCAAAAACCAUGUAUUAUUGAUGUUUCCAUUCUUUGCUGUUACGAAAUUUAAGUUCUAAACUAUGAUAUUUGUUCCUAUUGUAGACUUUGUAGCUCAAUUUGAGAUAUUUGAGGAAUAAGUAAUCCAAAGUCAAAUUAUAGUA